AUGGCUGCUUCAACAAGCAAGGAAGGAAGCACGCGUAAGGUAAGAAAUAUUCGUUUAAAUCUCUACUGUAUUGAAAAAAGAACAAGCAUUAUUCGAAGUUAAUAUUCAUUCAUUUAAAGUUAGGAAAUAUAUAAAAUUACUCGAAAAAUAGACCACAAAAUAUGUGUUGCUCACAAGCAACAUUGGGUACAAAGUGCAACAUGGAUAUGACCACAUGGGAUAUAUGUUUUUAUGUUAUUUCAUUUUUAGUGAUAUUUACUUAUAAAUAUUCUGUAAGAUAUUACAAAACACACAAAUGUAGAAGAACAAAAUGUUAGGAAACCAUUGUUUAUAUUUUGAUUUUUUGUGACAUUUUUUACCAAAAUAUAUAUUUUAUUCCUACAGGCAAAGGAUUUAGUUGAAAUUGCUGACAUUUUGGACACAGUAACAGGCUCUGAUAGUGAAUGUGAUGUUUUGUCAUCUGGAGAUGAGUUGGAUGAUGAUGGUGAUGAGGAUUGGGAGAUGGAUAAUGUUCAAGGUGGUUGUGGUAGCGAUUAUGAUGAUGGUUCAGGCAUUGGUGGUGGUGAGGAGGGUGACAACAAUGAUAUUGUUAGUGGCGAUGGUAGUGAUGACAACAAUGAUGAUAAUGUACCCCUGACCAGUCGAAAGAAAAACGAGUUGAGGUAUAAAUUUGAAAAGCGACGACCAUUUUUGCCACGUCCGGUACCCCCAUUUAUACCAGAACCCAAGAGACCAGCGCCCGAUGAAAGAAUAUACCCAUUGAGUAUGUCAACAUGUUUUUAA